GCAAUUAGUAAAACAAGUAUCGAGUUACAAAUCACUCACACAAAUCCCACCAGGUGUUCUCGAUUAACCACUACCACGACUCCAACAACAAAUACCUCCAGACUUGGCCGUAUAGCCGACCACCUUACUACCACAACUUCAACUCCUAACAUCGACACAGAUAGCACAAACAUGGCAUCCGAACUCAUCGCCAUCGUCGCCGGCGUCGGCCCAGGGACCGGAGCGUCAGUGGCCCGUAGAUUCGCAAAGACAUACCCUGUCGUGCUGCUUGCACGAAAGCGAGAGAACUUCGAGUCCCUCGCCGAUGAAAUCAAUAUGAGCGGCGGCAAAGCUAUCGGCAUCUCAACCGACGUAUCGUCGAAAGAUAGUCUUGCCAACGCAUUGAGUGCCAUCAAGAAAGAAUUCGGGGACAGCGUCUGCGCCGCAGCAGCAAUCUUCAACGCCUCAGGCGGCUUCCUCCGCAAACCGUUUCUCGAAAUCGAUCCCAGCGUGUUCGAACAAUCUCUCAACGUGUCCGCCUUGGGCGGCAUCCUGUUCAGUCAGACCUUUCUCCCUCUCCUCUUGAAAGGCAAGGAGCAAGGUGAACACCCUCCGACGCUGAUCUUCACGGGUGCCACGGCGAGCGUAAAGAGCAGUGCGCAGAUGGCCAGUUUCUCGACGGGGAAGUGGGCGCUACGAGCGCUGAGUCAGAGUCUGGCCAAGGAGUUUGGGCCCCAGGGUGUGCAUGUCGCUCAUGCCAUUAUUGAUGGUGUGAUUGAUAUCCCGCGCACGAAGGAGUGGUUGAAGGGUCUCGGGCCCGAGGCCAAGUUGAGCUCUGAUGGCAUUGCGAACGACUAUUGGUACCUGCAUACCCAGCCGACGACGAACUUCACGUGGGAGCUGGAUACUAGGCCUGCGGUUGAGAAGUGGUAGAUGGCAUGUAUCAUGUCCACCUGCGAGAUGGGUCAAGGUGGAAUGAAUGCCAGCCAGUGGAUGAAUUAGCGUCGUUCGCUACUUGAAUUGAUCUUUUGUCUAACUUCGUAAUUCGUCUCAUCAUUUGAUCCUGCCUAUCCUAUGCCAUUCCCGCCCUGCCGACCUGGAUCAACUCGCCAGUCAGUUUUUCGUCGCUGCGCAGUACCGGCCAGCUUGUUCCAUCUGCCUUGGCCAGGGUCAUCUCCAGCUUGGUGCCAAGAAUCCUAAACUUGCUCUCUUCUGGCUUGAUGCCGGCGAACAGCGGGAAGCCGGUGUUGUAGCGUUUGCUGUCAGAGGUUCGAAGGUCGAGGUUGACGUGGUCGGGCUGGAAGUCGACGAUGGCGUUGGACUUGUCGAUCUUCUUGAGGUAGAGUGAUGCUGUGACGGUCGCUGCGGUCU